AUGGGACACUGUAUAAAAGGACAGAAAGGAGAGCAGAACAAACUCCUAACAGGAGGAGACUCACUCAUGGCCUAUGAGACAGACGAUCAGGAGACUCAAUACUGCUUUCCUGAUAUCAACUCAUCAUGUGUCAAGAGGAGAAGCUCCAGUCAUGGAUAUAUCAUCUUAUACUUGUUUGCAUCGUUGCUGUCAGCAUGGACUGUGUUUCUGAACCUGCUGGUGAUCAUCUCCAUCUCUCACUUCAAGAAGCUUCACACUCCAACCAACAUGAUUAUUCUCUCUCUGGCUGUAAAUGAUCUGCUUAUUGGAGUUGUCAUGCCUAUAGAGGCCAUCAGACAGAUUGAGACGUGUUGGUAUUUUGGGGACAUUUUCUGUGGACUCUAUUUAUUAUUUAUUUCUUUACUUAUGUCAGCAUCUCUUAGUAAUUUAGUUUUAAUUGCUGUUGAUCGUUAUGUGGCUGUGUGUCACCCUUUACUGUACCCACAGAAAAUAACCAUCACUAAAACAUUGAUGAUUAUCUGUCUUAGCUGGGUUUGGCUUUCAGCUUACAGCAUUGCCCUUUUAAUCAAUAAUGGAUAUUUUGACACUUCACACAGAUCUGAUGAGUGUUACGGAGAGUGUUUAGCCAUUAUAAGUUUUAGUUGGAUCAUCACUGAUCUGUUCAUGUCUUUUAUGUUUCCUUGCCCUCUGAUCAUGAUGUUAUAUUUGAGGAUUUUCUAUGUCGUUCAUCAGCAAGUGAAGGUUAUAAACUCUCUGAUGAAGGGUGGUAAAUGUGUAAUGGAGGGUUCAGUGAAGAGGAAAUCUGAGAGUAAAGCUGCUCUGACUUUAGGAAUCAUUGUGGCAGUGUAUCUGCUUUGCUGGAUUCCUUACUAUAUCUGUUCAUUAAUUGUAAUCUCUUCCACAGCUAUGAUAGUUAUAAUAUGGGCUGUAUAUGCCAAUUCUGCUCUGAAUCCUCUGGUUUAUGCUUUAUUUUACCCCUGGUUUAAAAAGACAGCUAAACUCAUUGUAGCUCUGAAAAUACUUCAGCCAGCAUCUUCUCUGAGCAAUAUUUGUACACAACAUUAA